CUUCUAUGAUGCGAGGCUCUGGUGUCUCCCCCUCCAGCCUGUUGAUACCCAUCGCUUCAGCUUAGAAAUCCAUUUCCCUAGACCCUCCUUGUCUCUUCCCUCCUCCGUGGACUAAUUCAUAUCUGUUGAAGUCCGCAAACUCCGAUCUGCCCGUGUCAUUGUUGGUCUCCCGCCAUCACAUCACCGUUUCACACCGUACAAUUCGUUCCAGCGUAUCUCUUUCUUUGUCAACCACUUUUAUUUCGUUGUUUCUUUCGUGCCCUGCUACUGAUUCUUCCGUUUUUCAUUGGUGUCAUUUCUCGUCGACGGAGGUACCAGGCGCGACAGCUGUCCAUCUGUGCUAGUGCCUCUGUGAUUGUGCAGCCCGCAGACUGCCCGCUCUAAUAGCCCGUUGAGGGGCCGUCCCGUCAUAUCACACCAGUCCUCGAGAAAAGACCAAAGAAGCCAGCCAAGAUGUUUAACACGCAUUCUGGAGAAAUGUUUGGACGCAGCUUCCGCCGCGAGCCCCCGGUGACAACUCUACACAACGUAGCUUUCUCGGGUCAAUUAUCCCAAGAUACAAGCGCAGUACAAUCUCCCCAUGACUCCCAUGAUCCCUCAAGGAGUCCCAGUCAAGACAGAGGGGGUACCUGGGGCGAACAUGACGUCGGUGGACCCGUCAGUCGCGAGGAGGCUAUGGCCGACUACCUGGAGAUGAGAAAAGAACUUACCAGACUUAGCUUGCAACGGACGAGAACGCGAGACUCCGCGGCUACAAGGCCCAAAAGCCGGAUCUCAAGACUGCGGACAGCACCUUCACUCGCCAGGACAAUUUCCAGAUCUUCAAGAGCUGACAGCCUAGCAACUGUUUCAACUGCGGACGAGGAGGCAGCCCCUGAACCAGUGGGAGAAGAUGACCUAGACCUGGGCGCCUUCCUGAAAGAUGGGCAUUUCGAAAAGAGGACAGAUGCUGGAGAGUCGGCCAAGAAAGUUGGCGUCGUGUACGAGCAUUUGACCGUGAAAGGCGUGGGUGCCCAGGCAACUUUCACAAAGACGCUGCCCGAAGCCAUCAUGGGGACCUUUGGGCCUGAUCUGUACCGUAUCGUCACCAGAUUUGUCCCGGCGCUGAGGUUUGGCAACCACCCACCUACACGAGACCUCAUCCAUGAUUUUACCGGAGUCGUUCGUGAUGGCGAGAUGAUGCUGGUGCUCGGUCGGCCUGGGUCGGGAUGCUCGACGUUUCUCAAAGCCAUUGCGAACCAGCGGGAUAGUUUCGCGGCAGUCGAGGGCAAAAUCAGCUAUGGUGGCAUCUCGGCCGAAGAACAGAGGAAGCAUUAUCUUGGAGAGGUCAACUACAAUCCGGAGGACGAUCAGCACCUGCCCAACUUGACCGUGUGGCAAACACUGAGGUUCGCAUUGAUGAACAAGACCACGAAACAUGAAGCUGGCUCCAUACCUGUCAUCAUCGAAGCACUACUCCGAAUGUUCGGCAUUUCCCACACGAGAGACACGCUGGUCGGAAAUGAGUACGUUCGGGGUGUCUCUGGCGGCGAACGGAAACGAGUGGGUAUUGCUGAGACAUUGGCGACAAAGUCGACCGUCGUCUGCUGGGAUAACUCGACGCGUGGUCUCGACGCGUCCACCGCUUUAGACUAUGCAAAAUCUCUGCGAGUCAUGACCGACAUUUCCAACCGGACGACCAUUGUAACUCUGUAUCAGGCUGGUGAAGGUAUUUACGAGCUGAUGGACAAGGUCUUGGUCAUCGAGGAAGGUCGAAUGCUCUACCAGGGCCCUGCUAAACUGGCGCGACAAUACUUCAUUGAUCUCGGCUUUCAAGCGCCCGACCGUCAGACCACUGCCGAUUUCUUGACAUCCGUGGGUGAUCCGAAUGAGCGUCAGUUUCAGCCUGGCAAGGAGGCAUCCACGCCCAAAAGUGCCGAGGAGCUCGAGGCUGCCUUCCGCAAAUCCGAGAUUUACAAGCAGACAAUUGCCGAUGUCCAAGAAUAUGAGAACCACCUUCAACGCACCGAUUGCGCAAAUACCAGGCGCUUUCAAGAGGCCGUCGAGGAGUCGAAAAGCAACAGCAAACUCGUGUCACCCCGGUCCAGCUAUACUGUUUCUUUCUGGAAACAGGUGUUGGCUUGCACCCUCCGUGAAUUCUGGCUUCUCUGGGGUGACAAAACGUCACUUUACACGAAGGCAUUUAUUAUCGUUGCCAAUGCUCUUAUCGUCGGCUCGUUGUUCUACGGCGAGAGUCUUGACACGUCCGGCGCCUUUUCCCGCGGUGGUGCCCUGUUCUUUUCGGUCCUCUUCCUUGGCUGGCUACAACUGACCGAAUUGAUGAGGGCUGUGAGUGGUCGUGUCGUGGUUGCUCGACACCGAGAAUAUGCAUUCUAUCGACCCAGCGCAGUCGUUAUCGCACGAGUACUCCUGGAUCUACCCGUCAUCGCCGUUCAGGCCGUGGUAUUCACUAUCAUACUGUACUUCAUGGCCAGCCUUGACGUCGAUGCUGGCAAAUUUUUCAUCAACCUACUCUUCGUCUACAUCAGCACGAUCUGUAUCACAGCUCUAUAUCGGAUGUUUGCGGCCUUGAGUCCGACGAUCGACGAUGCAGUGCGCUUUUCAGGAACUGCACUCAAUCUGCUGCUCAUCUUUGUUGGAUAUACAAUUCCCAAACGCACAUUGACUAGCGAUGUCAUUUGGUUCGGGUGGCUCUAUUAUGUCAAUCCAGUGGCCUACAGUUAUGAGGCUGUGCUCACCAAUGAAUUCUCAGAUCGAACCAUGCAAUGUGCACCUGCUAAUUUGGUCCCUCAAGGCCCUAACGUCGACCCGGCAUAUCAGGGCUGUUCGUUAACGGGUGCUACUGUGGGAAGCAACACUGUCAGUGGUGCUGCCUAUGUCGGACAGUCUUUUGGGUACUCUCGGUCGCAUCUGUGGCGCAAUUUCGGCGUCGUCGUUGCCUUCACAGUCUUGUACAUUCUAAUCACUGCUGUUGCAUCUGAAAUGUUCUCCUUCACUCACGAAGGCGGCGGUGCAUUGGUCUUCAAGAAGACGCGGAAAGCUAAGAAGUUGGUCAGCGCUGAAGCCAAGGUCUCUGACGAGGAGAAAGGAGCGGUUCCACCCGAACCAGUGUCAAGCGGGUCCUCAGAAACAGUGCAGGAUGAGAAAGACAACAUUGUGAACAAUAUUGCCCAGAGCAAAAGCGUCUUUACCUGGGAAAAUGUCAAGUAUGAAGUCCCAUAUCAAGGUGGAAAGAAACAACUGCUCAACGGAGUCAAUGGCUACGUCAAGCCAGGACUCAUGAUAGCACUGAUGGGUGCAAGUGGCGCAGGAAAAACCACACUCCUGAACACGCUUUCCCAGCGACAGACUACGGGCACCGUCUCUGGUGACAUGCUUGUGGAUGGCCGACCACUCGGGAUUGAGUUCCAAAGAGGGACAGGCUUCUGCGAGCAGAUGGACUUGCAUGACGAGACAGCCACCAUUCGCGAAGCACUUGAAUUUUCGGCUAUAUUACGACAAGAUCGCGAGGUCCCAAAACAGGAGAAACUCGACUAUGUCGACAAGAUCAUCAACCUACUGGAAUUGAACAGUAUUCAAGACGCCAUCGUUGCUUCGUUGGGUGUUGAACAGCGUAAAAGACUGACCAUUGGCGUCGAAUUAGCGGCCAAACCAGAAUUGCUCUUGUUCUUGGAUGAGCCGACGAGCGGCUUGGACUCGCAAUCGGCGUUUUCGAUCGUCCGCUUCUUGAAAAAGCUCUCCCAUGCUGGCCAGGCCAUCAUCUGCACAAUCCAUCAACCUUCGUCAAUGUUGAUUCAGCAAUUCGACAUGGUUUUGGCACUAAACCCAGGCGGCAACCCGUUCUACUUUGGUCCGAUCGGCGAAAACGGUUCGGCGGUUAUCGAUUACUUCGCAAAGCGCGGUACGCAAUGCCCACCGCACAAGAAUGUGGCUGAGUUUAUCCUCGAGACUGCCGCGAAAGGUGGCAAGAGAAGAGCUGACGGCAAACGAGUCAACUGGAACAAAGAGUGGCUGGAGUCUGAGGAGAAUGCCCAAAUGCUCAAAGAGAUUCAGCGGCUCAAGGAAGAACGAUCCAGAGAGCCCGUCAAGGAAACAAAAGCUCGCGCGUUUGCUGCACCCGUCACAUUGCAAACGAUCGAGCUCACCAAGCGAACGUUUCGGAACUAUUGGCGCGAUCCGUCGUACCUGUAUGCCAAACUCUUCGUAAGCGUCGUUAUCGGCAUCUUCAACGGCUUCACAUUCUGGAAUCUAGAGAACUCGGUCGCAUCACUCCAGUCACGCCUCUUCUCUCCGUUCCUGGUCCUGCUCAUUCCGCCUACCAUCGUCAACGGCGUGGUUCCCAAAUUCUACCAGAGUCGAUCGCUCUGGGAAGCCCGCGAAUACCCAUCCCGAAUCUACGGCUGGGUCGCUUUCUGCACGGCCCAAGUUGUCGCUGAGAUCCCCAUGGCUAUCGUUUCGUCGGUCGUCUACUGGGUGAUAUGGUACUACCCGGCCAAUCUACCCCGCGACAGCAGCGCAGCGGGCUACGUCUUCCUGAUGACCAUGCUCUUCUAUCUAUUUAUGUCGAGUUGGGGUCAAUGGAUCUGCGCCUUCGCCCCGAGUUUUACUGUCAUCAGCAACAUCCUGCCCUUCUUCUUCGUCGUGUUAGGCAUCUUCAACGGUGUUGUCAGGCCGUGGCCCCAAAUGCCUGUCUUCUGGAAGUAUUUUGUAUAUUGGCUGAACCCUUCGACAUGGUGGAUUUCCGGCGUCCUUGCCGCGACGUUGAAGAACCUCCCGAUCCGAUGCCGUCAAGGUGAGAGUACGCUGUUCAACGCCCCUCCGGGACAGACAUGUCAAGGAUAUGCCGGUGAAUUCGUCAGGUCCGUGGGCCAGGGAUACGUACAAGCGACGGCCAACGGGACGUGUGCGUACUGUCCAUACGCGAGUGGGGAUGAAUACCUAGUCACGCUGAACAUCAGGCCCGAUCAGAAGUGGAGGGAUUUUGGGAUUUUCUUGGUCUUUGUCUUCACGAAUUGGUUGCUCGUGUACUUCUUCGUAUACACGGUCAGGGUGAAGAAGUGGGGAUUCGGCAUGGGCUAUCUGUUCGGUGGAACGGGAAAGUUAAUGAACUCUGUUGGCAAAAUGUUCAGGAGAAAGUGAAGAAAUCAUGAAUGGUGGGUCAGAAAGGGUUUCGACAUGUUUUGAAACAGUUUGUCUGUGUUGGAGAUACGAACAAUUGAGGGACGAAAAUAUGAUCUGAUACCAAAAAGCACGGUGUUGGGGCGCGUUCAAAGACUGGGGUGCGCUUUGGUUUCUCAUGAUCCAGCUCGGAGUCAGGUUAGCUAGCUGCUACAGUAGUUAGAUUAGUUGCGCAAGAUCAAGUUCAAGUUCAAGU